AUGACACAAAGAAUAUGUGAAUUUACGCAACCCUGUUUAAAAGUUUACAUUGUUGAAACUAGUAACUUGGUAUUAGCACCUGUAUUAUUUCUCCUGUACGACAUAUCGCUUUAUUGCUCCCUGAACUCUCUGUAAGUCGCUUUGGAUAAAAGCAUCUGCUAAAUGACUAAAUGUAAAUGUACAUACACUUGAUUCUUAAAACUGUGCGAUGUCACCUUGACUAUUAAUGUUUUUAUAUUUCGUGAUGUUUGUUCGUAAGUGUCUUGAACGUUCUGAUUCAGUGUUUUAGUUUAUAGACAUUCUUUGCUUUUCCAGCAUUUUCUUCGUAUUUUACUUCUUACCAGCAGGGACUGUAUGAUGUUGAGAUCUAUCUUUUGACAGUGAGGACAGUUGGGAGGCUCAUGCAUAACUAUUUCCAAAUGUGCAAACAUUUACUGUUGUUCAGCACACUACAUUAAAUGUGAGGUAUGUAAACUUGAACAGGAUGAUCAGUGUAUAUUGUUUUUACGUUGUUUAAAUAUCUUUUUUUUUUCAUUUAGUAAAGCCCUUAAGAAGUUACAGUUGGAGGUCGUAAGAUCACAUUCACCUUGCAAAAAAAUAAGAAUAUAAAAAUUGCAUUUUUAUUUUUAUUUAGGACUGCCCUGAACAAGCUAUUUCUCACAACAAACGUUGUGUCACAACAAAUGUUUUCAUAUAGUCCACAACACAAAUAAUAACUGAAUUUAAGAAAGUAACUCAGUUCAAAACUUUUCAUAUGCUUCAUUCCUAAUACUGUUUAAUGUUACCAGGGUGAUCAAGGGCUGUUUUUAUGUUUUGUGGUAGUUGUCCGUGAGUCUCUUGUUUGUGAACUGUCCACUGGUCUUCAGAGAAAUCCUCAAAGUCCUGCACAUUCUUUGCUUUUCCAGCAUCUGAUAAUGUUUGAAUGCAUCUUGGGACAGUUGAGAUACUUAUACACAACUAUUUCCAAAGGUACAAACAUUCACUGCUCAUGUAACAUCCAGGGAACACGGUUCAGUAUUAAGAUUUAAAGGUUUGUAAACUUUUGAACUGGGUUAUUUUAGUAAAUUCAGGUCAUUUUGUUAUGUGACAGCUGGUUCAGGGCAGGACAAAUGUCUUUGACUCUUAUUUUUUUUUAUAUUAACAUUAAGCAUUUUCUGCAAGGCAUAUGUAAACGUAUGACCCUGAUUGUACAUAUUUAGAUAUUUCCUAGAAGACAAUACAAGAAAAUGAUAACACUUGACACAGAUCGUCCUUUUCAAAAGCAUCAACCGAGUCUCUCAACUCACUUUUAUUGUCACAUCACCACAUGUGGUGAGUGAAAGUCUUGGGUGCGUACUCCAUACAAAGUAGAAUGCAGUUGGACAGACAACUGUAUGACUUCACAGACUAAAGUGACAGUAUGUAGUGCAGACGAACAGUGCAAAGUAUAAAUAGACAGACUGUACAAAAAAGACAAUAUACAUUAUACACAUGGACAGUAAACAAUAUACAAGAUAUACACAAUAUACAUAAGAUAUACACAUUAGACGUUGAACAUAAACAUUAAAUAUGCAGGUGUACACAUGAAAGUGUAUGUAUAAUGGAUCAACCAUAUAGUGCACAUAGUACAGAUAUAGGUAUGUAAGUUUGGUAAUGGAUGGUUAUUGCAUGAGGUGUAAUGCAUUAUAGUCCACUAAACUGUAGUGCACGGUUAAAAGAAGUGUGAGCUUGUGGAGUGUAUCAGUUUUUGAUGUUGAGCAGUCUAAUAGCCUGAGGAAAAAAGCUGUCCUUCAACCGACUGAAGGCCAUCUUUAUCCUCAGUGUGAAAUGAUUCUUUUUAUAUUUGAUUAAAUUAAUAUAUACAUUUUGUUUUUUAAUAUAAUUGAUAUCUGUUAACAUUUAUAAAACAUUUUCAUGAUAAACAUUGUCUAAAUCUGUUAUGUCAGGUGUGUAACUCUAUUGUUCAGUCUCUGGGCGGCGCGCUUCUGCUUAUGAUCUCAUACGUACAUGCUGCGUGCCCUGAUUCCCCAGUUCAUGCGUGUUACACAGAGAGCAGAGAAAGGAGGGGGAGCAGAGUGCUGUUGGCAUGUGACGGGAGAGAGAGAGAUUAAUAUUCAAAUGUAAGCUGACAGGAACCGCAUCAGAGCAGCGUUUGCUCCAGCCAGAACAACCCUAUGAAGAUCUGCACAGAAUGCGCUUUAAUCUCUGUUUUUAUACUUUUAAUUUAGAAAUCAAAUGUAACUGGUAAUACUUUUACAUCAUGGUCGUGUUGUCAAGGCAAUGCACACUGGCACAUUGGUGUCAGCUUUGCUUCGGCUUCAUUUUCAUGCGUUUGUCUCUUUGUGAAGUUCAUUAUUCAAUUCCAGAAGAGAUGGAGCCGGGUGCUGUCAUCGGAAACGUGGCGAGAGAUUUGGGAAUCGAUGUGGCUGAGCUGACGAGGCGGCGUGCUCGUGUUGUAGCUGAAGGGACGCGACGGUUUUGUGAGCUGAGGUGGGAGACGGACUGUCUGUUGGUGAGCGAGAAAAUGGACCGCGAGGAGCUCUGUGCACAGUCUCCGCCCUGCGUCCUGCAGUUUCAGCUGCUCCUGGAGGAUCCGCUCGAAGUCUACAGCAUCCUCCUCCACGUACAGGACAUCAACGAUAACAGCCCCGCGUUUGAAAACGGUCAGAUUGAGCUGGAGCUUCUGGAAUCAAUGGCCCCAGGAAGACGUGUCCCGCUGGAAAGCGCUCGUGAUCCCGACAUCGCACCUAAUUCUGUUCAGCACUACAGCAUCAGUGACAGUGGCUAUUUUGCUUUGGAAAUGAACACACAGGUGGACAGAAACGCUUAUCCUGAAUUGGUUUUAAAGAAGCCUUUGGAUCGUGAAAGCCGAGCGGAUCAUUUUCUGACUCUUAGCGGAGUGGAUGGCGGCCGGCCGUCUCGUUCAGGAGCGGCGUCGAUACAUAUUCACGUGUUAGAUGCAAAUGACAACAUUCCUGUGUUUGAAGAAAGUGUGUAUACAGUCAGCGCACAUGAAAACUCUGCUCCAGGCAGCGUGUUGAUCAAAUUAAAUGCAAUAGAUUUAGACAACGGGAUUUAUGGGGAUGUUAGUUAUUCUUUCAGUCACGUGCCGGAUAAGAAGAGAGGCCUCGUGUGGAUUGACCCUGUGACUGGCGAGGUGAGGCUCACGGGUGUGUUGGAUUACGAAGAGGCCGCUUCUCAUGAGCUGGAUGUGCAGGCCAAAGAUGGCGGGGGACAGUCGUCUCACUGUAAACUUAUGAUACAUGUCAAAGAUGAGAACGACAACGCUCCUGUAAUAGUAAUUAAAUCAAACUCCGCUUCUGUACCAGAGGACACUUCACCUGGAACCACCAUGGUAGUUUUGCUUCAUGUUUAUGACCUUGAUGCGGGCACCAGUGGCCGGGUCACAUGUUAUGUAUCCGCUGAUGUGCCAUUUAAACUUGUCUCGCAGGUUAAAAAUUACUUCAUGCUUGUAACUGUUUUUACUGUAACUGUAUUUACUGUAUUUAACUGUAACUCUCCUGUUUUUAGACACAGCCGUUACAGGGUCCACGUGGCUGAGAAUCAGCCUGUGGGUACCUUACUUUUAAGAGUUCGAGCCGAUGAUGCAGAUGAGGGGAAGAAUGCGAAAAUCUUCUAUUCUCUUUCAGAAGACGUGACCGCAUACCUGUCUAUCGACUCCGCAACUGGAGAGAUCAUCACUGCACGCUCCUUUGAUUAUGAAGCAUUCACUCAUUUCCACGUUCAGGUGAUGGCUCGGGAUGGAGGCAGCCCUCCCUUUGUAAGCAACUGCAGCGUCUGGGUUUUUAUUGGCGACCAGAAUGACAACGCUCCAGUUGUUCUUUACCCAGUUCAUUUGGAAGGACACCUGGUGACUGAUGACAUGGUGUCCCAGGCGGCUCCAGCAGGAUACCUGGUGACCAAAGUGAUAGCUGUUGAUGUGGACGCCGGGCACAACGCGUGGCUCUCUUAUGAAAUUGUGGGCACCACACAGCCUGAUUUGUUUUCUAUAGGUCUACACUGUGGGGAAAUCAGGACGAUGAGGCCGUUUGUAAAAGACGAUGACACCAAACACUCCUUGCUGGUCUCUGUGACUGAUAACGGGCCUAAAGCGCUCUCAACCACUGCAACGGUCAAUAUUGCCAUUGAAGACGGCAUGCGUGUCAUCGACCAGCUCUCUGCCCGUGGCACGGAUGAGUCACAUGUGCUCAGUGACCUUACAGUGUAUUUAAUAAUAGCUCUGGUGGGUGUUUCUAGCUUUUGUCUUGUGCUCAUCAUCGCAGUUCUCUAUAUGGGAUUAUGUAAAUACAGACACGUUUACCACUCUCCUGCUAACUUCCCUGUCUUCCCUCCUACCUGUGGACCUCCAGGCUACUUUGAUGCAAGUGGCUUCAACACUGUACGGAAGGAAGAUGAAUUGACCUGGUUUUUAACCAGCAGCUCUUGGAAAGGAGACUUCAGAUUUGGCUCUGGCUUCGUUGAUUUUGACAUGCAGAGAAAGACGCUGCGAUCGGGGGGCCAUAGCGCAAGAUGUGCAAAGCUUUCAGUGUCACACAAAUUGUAACUGAUGGCUCAAACCAUGUUAAUCUGUAUCAAAAGUCUGACAGCAAAGUGUCUUGAUACAUAUAAUAUUAUAAUUUGAUUUACUGUAUAUAGGAUGCAUUUACUUGUUUCGUGGAAAAAUGUUUUUACUGAUUAUACACUCUCUGGUUGUCAUAUGAUCACAUUGUUUAAUAAUUGCAUCUUUUUUCAAAUAUGUACAAUGUUUAUUGUAUGUCAACCUCCAUUAAACUUAUGAUUGGUCGUGCAAAAGGUAUCAUUUCUGGUUUAUUCUGAUGUUUAAGCUUUUGUUUGGACUGCACCGAGAUUCAUUUUGUCUCUAUUCUCUUUCUCCGACCCUGUCUUUAUUUUGCUCUCUCCCUCUGUGAAAGAUUAGGAUGAUGGAGGAUGUUGAAUCUUCAUAUGAACUACUGAUUUUUUUAUGAUUUCAUCUGCUCAGCUGUCUCUCUGGAGCCUAGUGCUUUAAUUUUAUUUGUACACAUUACUAUUCCCUUCUUUAUAGGUAUAUCUCAUUUAACACUCUGCGCUAUAUGUGCAUCUUGCUACUAAAUAUAUAUUUUAAAAUCUGAUAAAUACAUACAAAUAAUUAUGUCAUAUGUCAUUUAUGUGAUGUCAUAGAUGAACAUAGCUAGUAUAUAUUAAGUGUUUUAUUAGUGCCUCUUACACUUAAAGUUUGUUUACUGUUGCUGUUUUUUGCUGUUCUUAUAUGCAUAUUCAACAUGUAUAAGAUCUACCAAAAUAGGCACAGCAUUAAGUUUUUCAUACGCAGACCCUUAGAGUCCAUGCUUAUAGAUAAUAGUCUGGUUUUGAAGGCUGUAUGUAACAGUUGUCAUAAAUACAAACAUCUUUUGUCAGGUCAUGAUAGUUUGAUUGAGCAGUCAAAUGUUUGUUUGUUAGCACUCUCACAACCAAAGUAAUAAAGACCUUUAGAUGAUUUUAACUCACGUGGUCAAUUUGUCAUGUGAUGUUAGAGUGAUCAUGAGCAUCAAAUACUUAAUAAACCACUUUAAUACAACAAACAAAUGUGUGUUUCAUUAUUCUGAGCACGAAUGUGAUUUUUUUGGUUGCAGAUUCUUCUUUGUCUCUUCUUACAAUAAUCAAUCUGAUAUGUUUUGUAGGCUGUAUUCCAAAACUGGUAUAUUUCUGUCACUGGUUGUGUGCUAAUUGCAUUUGCCAUUGUGUAAGAUCACAUUUUGUUUCUAAACUGAUGCUUUAGAAUACACAUGAUUUUGUUAUGGUGUGUGUGCGUGUGUGUGUGUGUGCGUGCGUGGGUGCGUGCGUGCAUGCGUGCGUGGGUCUAAAAGAGAUGAAAUUUUAUUUUAAGAUGAACCAUAAUGUAUUAGAUCACAGGAGAAAUCCCAUGAUCCAGUAUCAUUGACUAGUGGAUUUGAGCACAGGCCUUGCACAGAAGUGACAGAAUUUUCAAUUUUGAGUGAACCGUUCCUUUAACCGCUUGUUUGAUUUUUGGUACUUUGAACAUCAACUAUCAUCAAGGCUUCCUGCAGGUUAAAGUCACAUUAGACAUUUACUUAUCAAACACACACUUUCUGUUUUCCGUGAUCACAUGGCACUACUGUGCACCUGCUUGUAUACCUUGUAUACUUUGUGUAUGUAAAUACAUUUACAGGCCGUAAAUGUAUUUUUAAGGGCUUUACUGAGAGAUUUCUCCUCACAGGCUUCAGUGAAGAACGUCUUGUUUGUCUGUUUUUUUGUUGUUUGAUCACGGAUGCCUGCUUAUGUGAAUGAUGUAGAGGACAUAGGCUUCAUUGGCCUCCCAUGACGUUUGGUUGGCAGUUUGCAGCUGGUAUAGCUGUGAUUCAUGUAUUUAACAUUAAAAUGCAAAGUAAACUUUAAAUCAUGUGACUUGUUUUGUAGAUAUGUGAUGUCAUUUUAUUGCAGUCACAGUUAUGAUCUUUGCCAAGAGCCAUAUCUGGGACAGGUCUUGGGUGGACUCUUUGUCCUGGUUUUAUUUAGGGAAUGUAAUAAUAUAAUAGUAAAU